AUGAGUCCAAAAAAUUCACCAGGAGGGGACGGAUUUACCGCCGACAUUUGCUACAAGACCUACUCAGCCGAACCCGCCAUUCUCCUGAAGAUAUUUAACAAAUGCCUCACACUUGGUUACUUUCCGAAAAUCUGGAAAAAUGCAAUAAUCCGUAUUAUACUAAAACCUAAUAGAGAUGAUUACACCCUAGCAAAAUCCCAUCGUCCGAUUGGCCUGUUACCAAUACUGGGGAAAGUACUUGAAAAACUGUUCGUGACCAGACUAACGUGGCAGAUAGGUCGUCACAGUAAACUAAGUAACCGACAAUACGGCUUUGUUCCUCAGCGAGGGACAGAAGAUGCACUGAACGACGCACUAGAGGUUGUCAAAAAAUGCGUAAAGAACAAGCAGAUGGCGGUAAUUGUUUCGAUCGAUAUAGAGGGUGCUUUCGAUAACGCAUGGUGGCCUGGGGUGAUUGUUGCUUUACAAAAGAAGGAAAUCGAUAAAACAACCUUAAAACUUAUAGAUAGUUAUCUCUCUGACAGAUCUAUUACACUUAGGUACGCCAACACAGAAAUUGGAAGGAGCACAGAUAAAGGUUGCAUACAAGGAUCUAUCUGCGGACACAGGAUUCCCUGCUUCAAGAAACUGAGACCUGGAAUGUACACGUGCAGGCUUAUGCCGACGAUAUUAUAUUAA